AAGAGGCGGUCUCUCUCUUCAAAGGUAUGCUUCUCCAUUCCUCUCUCAAACCUACUCUCUCUACCUGCAAUUUCUUGUUUGUCUCCCUCUCUAAAGCUGGCCACCAAGCAUCAGCAUUAUUUCUAUAUAAAACCAUGGCCAACGAUGGAAUUUUACCUGAUCUUUGUAUCUUGCACACAUUGGUCAAGUGUUUUUGCCACAUGAAAAGAACAGAGUUUGCACUUGAGGUUGUUAGUCUCAUUCACAAAAUGGGUUACCAUCUCUCUGUCAUCCUAUUGAACAUUGUAAUGAAGGGAAUGUGCAACGAGGGGCGUGUUGUGAGGGCUAGGGAGCUCUUCCAUGCUAUGGAAAGCCUUAAGGUUUCACCUGAUGUCUUUUCAUUUAACACUCUCAUAAAUGGGCUAUGCAAAGCCAAUAAAAUGGAGGAAGCCAGUUUAUACAAAGAAAUGGGCAAGCAUAUGUGUCACCCUGACAUAGUUACGUAUAACACGGUCAUAGAUGGUCUUAGCAAGGGUGGGAGAACGGAGGAGGCAAUGGAUUUGUUAGUGGAAAUGGAUCACAAGGGCCUGAAGCCAGAUGUUUUUACAUUUAGCGCUCUCAUAAAUGGGCUUUGCAAAGAAAAUGACAUUGAAGGGGCCUUAGAAUUGUGCAAAGAAAUGUGGAAAAGAGGUUGUAUCCCCGACAUUAUCACCUAUAACAAGGUCAUGGAGGGUCUUUGCAAGGGUGGGAGAACUGAGGAGGCAAUGUCUUUGUUAGUGGAGAUGUAUCACAAUGGCCUUGACCCGGAUUUUGUUUUGUAUAGCACUCUCAUAAAUGGGCUUUGCAAAGCAAAAAAAUUAGCAGAAGCCUUGGCCUUGGUCAAAGAAAUGGUGAAGAGAGGGUGUCAACCCAACAUUCUCACAUAUAACACAUUCAUAGAUGGCUUUUGCAAGGGGGGCAAAACUGAGGAGGCAAUGGUUUUGUUAAAGGAUAUGCACCACAACGGCCUGAAAGCUGAUGUUGUCACAUAUAACACUCUCAUAAAUGGGCUUUGCAAAGCAAACAACAUUAAAGGAGCCCAGGAAUUGUGCAAAGAAAUGGGGAAAAGAAGGUGUUCCUCUGACAUUGUCACAUAUAGCAUGCUCGUAGACGGUCUUUGCAAGGAUGGAAGAACAAAAGAGGUGAUGUAUUUGUUAGAGGAAAUGUGUCUUACUGGCCUGAACCAUGAUGUUAUCACAUGUAGCAUAAUCAUAAACAUCCUGUGCAAAGAGAAUAACUUGGAUGAAGCCGUGGUGUUGUUCAAAGAAAUGGAGAAAAGAGGAUGUUAUCCUAACAUUUUCACUUAUAACAUCCUCAUUGAUUGUACUUGCAAGAAUGGGGGAAUAGAAGAGGCACUCAGUUUGUUGGAGGAGAUGGAUCACAAUGGCAUUAGCCCGGAUAAUGUCACAUAUACCAUCCUCAUAAACAUGCUCUGCAAAACAAAUAACUUGGAGGGAGCCUUAGAGUUAUUCGAAGGCAUGGGGAAGAGAGGGUGCCUCCCCGAUAUUUUCACAUAUAAUGUACUCUUAGAUGGUCUCUGUAAGGAUGGGAAAAUACAGGAAGCAGUUUACUUAUUUGAGGAGAUGUACAAUAAUGGCUUGAAACCAUGUACUGUUACAUAUAAGCAAUGUCAUAAGCAUGCUUUGCAAAACAAAUAAUUUGGAGGAAGCCCUGGAAUUAUUUGAUAGAAUGGGGAAGAGAGGGUGCCUCCCGAACAUUUUCACAUAUAGUGCACUCAUAGAUGGUCUUUGUAAGGAUGGGAAAAUAGAGGAAGCUGUAGAAUUGUUUCAGUGCAUGUUUGAAAAGAAAGUUUCUCCUAAUGUAG